GUACAGAGGUUCAACUAUAUAUUAACACUAUAUGCUCGCUUCAAGCCUCAUAUCGGAAGAGUACAGCACUUAAGUGUUGCUAUACAUCAAGGUUAUAUUUGUUUUCAGAUAAGUACAGCUAUGAAGAAUAUCACAUGAUUCUGUAUUUACAGUAUCUUUCAACCAGUAUCAAUUGAAUCUUUAGUACUGGAUGUUAUAGUGUGGGCUUCAUUUAUAUGCUACAUGCUAUAUUAUAUACUGAUACAUGCUAUGUGGAAUGUGUCAAACAAUUUGCUCAAAACAGCUGCUUGCAAAAAAUAUGGAUGAACAAAGACCAUAAAUGUUUGAAUAACAUUCCAGUUAAACCAUGAAUAUUCAAGUAGAUGAAAGCGAGCCUUUACUAAGCCCAUCACAGUGCAGAACGAAAAUUGCUCAACCACGUGGCAAGGCCAAACAAACAUUAUGUCUAUUUGUGCUGGAGCCAGCAGCCAUCUUAUAUGCUUGUUUCGUAUUUCCCGGAUUCACCAUGAAUACACAGUUCCUCUAUCAAAAAAUUGGGAAAAGGUACAAUUAUGAUUAUUUAGGACGUCAUACAUCAUCAUGUAUUGGUAACCAAUCAAGCUUUGAGUUUAUAACCCAACAGAAAAUCCAGGAAGAGACGUCAGCAUGGUUGUCCCAGAUCAACCUUGCGUUUACUCUCCCGAGUUUAGUGACCACCAUUCUGAUAGGUUCAUACAGUGAUAGAACAGGACGUAAAAUACUCAUCAUCCUGCCAAUGCUCGGGAAAAUACUGGAAGCCUUAGUGUUCUUAUUGGACAGUUACUUCAACUUAAGUCCAAGUUUUCUGUUGUUUGGUAGCAUACUACAUGGACUCUCUGGUUCUUGGGUUGCUUUCUUCGUUGGUGCAUUUGCAUAUAUGGCUGAUAUAACUAAGACUGAGGAUCGUACUUGGAGGAUUACCCUUAUCAAUUCCCUCAUGGCAGCAUCGGGAGCAGGCUCAGAUAUUUUGUACGGUUUUUGGAUUCGCUCGACACAUGGCUUCCAGAUGCCCUUAUUAGGCUUGUGUGUGGGACAAACUGUAGCAUUCCUAUAUACUGUGUUCGUGGUACCAGAAACUGUGCAUAAUAAACCAAAACCCCCAGAUAUUAUAGGAAAUCCUAAAAUAACCCAGAUUGAACCAGUCAUUAACAGCUGUGAAGCUGAAACAGCUGUAUUACCCAACAGCAGUGAACAACAAAGGGGUGAUAACCCACACAGCUGUGAAAUACAAAACCAAGCUCAAAAUCCAAAUUGCAGUAACAAAGAAACCCAUUUAACAUUUAUGAAUGGACUAAAGAAAUGUGUGAUGCUGUUCAUAAAAGAUGAUGGAUCCAAACGACGCUGGCAACUGAUUAUAUUGCUCUUUAUAUUCUUCCUUUUUGUUGUACCAGAAUCUUCAGCUGCGGAUCUACUUAAUCUUCGCCAGAUUGAUGAUCCUCUAUGCUUUGACCCAGUGCUUUUGGGCUAUUAUCUGGGUAUCUUCACAAUCACCAAACAUACAGCAACUGUGCUGUUUGUUGGGCUAUGCUCACGGUGCUUGCCAGAUCCUGUAAUGGUAGCGAUAGGUUGUGUAUUUGCCAUGGCCUUCUUCAUCUACAGUGCAUUGGUCGAAACAAAACUACUCAUGUUCCUUGGUAUUCUGGUUGGAAUUUUGCAGUCAGUUACAAGUCCCGUUUUACGUGCAAUGAUGUCAAAGCUUGUCAAUGCAGACGAACAAGGUUCCAUGUUCUCUGUGGUUGCCCUGGUGGACACAGUGUGUAUGUUGCUAGGCAAGGUUGCCAUGGAUGCACUUUACUCUGCAACAGUUGGUAUCUAUAAAAACACGGUAUUCUUUGUCUUGGUAGGCUACAACUUCCUGGCACUUGUCUUCACUUGCAUUUACAUGUGCAAGAAAAGGACUCAUUAGAAAGGAAUGGGAACAUUAGAUGAAUGUGAACUCCUCAGUGCAGUAAGCCUUUAAUUCCAUAUUUGGCACAUGUGUGAGGAUUAGAGAAACAUUAUGAUGAUGUGCAGUACUUAAGACUCUUGCUCAAUCAUGGCUAUAUCCAUGUUUUAAAAAUUAAUGGAUUGAAAAGUGUCUGGAAUAAAGGCUCAGACUGCCACACGUUUAGGAACUAAUGUUGAAAUACACCAAUAUGUGUAUAUUAGUAUAAAGAACUGUGCAAUUCACAACUGUGCAGUUGUGUUGGUUGCUUGAUUGGACAUACAAGAUUAAACCACCCUAAGAUUAUUACGUAAGCUUUAGGAGUUGUGUCAGUUUAUCAAUAAUAUUAUUUUUAUUUCACCACAAUAAGUGGUGACAUGUUGUUAUAGUCUCCAACGUUUUUGUGACAUUGGUUGGU